CUCUCUCUCUCUCUCUCUCUCUCUCUCUCUCUCUCUCUCUCUCAGUUUUGAACAGCCAAAGUCUUUAUCUUUUGUUCAUGAUUGUGUGGCCAUAGUUUGGAUCUUCUUGGUAAUAUUAUCAAACACAUGGCUCUCAAGCCAUGAGGAGAAGAGAAGAAAAGUAAAGUAGCUAUAGCUUAGUUUAGUUAGAGGGAUCUGCUUCACUUCUCAGCUUCACUUCUCUCUCUGUUGUUUCUUUUGAGAGCAAAACUCUCAAAAUACCAAAAUUGUCUCUUGGGUUGGAGCCAAACAAAUCAGAGAAGAAACAAUCAAGAUGUGUUUAUAGUGGACAACUCUGUCAAGAUCCAUAUGAGCCAUGGCGGUUGAAGCUUAGCAAUUCAACAAGAAAAAGAUGAAAGCUUUGCAAUUUCAACAGCAACAACAAGUGGACGAGAACAUGUCUAAUUUAACUUCAGCUUCUGGUGACCAAGCUAGUGUCUCUUCUGGAAACAGAUCAACUGAAAUCGGCACCAGUAAUUUUUCUCAGCAGUAUUUUCCUCCUCCGCCGCCUCAAGCUAAUAGUCAAGGUGUGAAAAGGAAGAGAAACCAGCCAGGAAACCCAGACCCAGAUGCAGAAGUGAUAGCUCUGUCUCCCAAGACCCUCAUGGCAACAAACAGAUUCAUAUGUGAGAUCUGCAACAAAGGGUUUCAAAGGGAUCAAAAUCUCCAGCUCCACAGAAGAGGGCACAAUUUGCCGUGGAAGCUAAAGCAGAGAACAAGCAAAGAGGUGAAGAAGAAAGUAUAUGUGUGCCCUGAAGCCAGCUGUGUGCACCAUGACCCUUCAAGAGCUCUGGGGGACUUGACUGGGAUCAAGAAGCACUUUUUCAGAAAGCACGGUGAGAAGAAGUGGAAAUGUGAUAAGUGCUCAAAGAAGUAUGCGGUUCAAUCAGAUUGGAAAGCUCAUUCAAAGACCUGUGGCACCAGAGAGUACAGAUGUGACUGUGGAACUCUCUUCUCGAGGAGGGACAGUUUCAUCACCCACAGAGCUUUCUGUGAUGCUUUAGCAGAAGAGAGUGCAAGAGCCACAAACCCAACACCACUUCAAACCCUCUCUUCUCCUCCACCUCCUUCUCAUCAGUCUCAGAUAAACCUCAUGGGGGGAGGCGGUGGACCCCAUCUCAAUUUCAACCCCCAUGGCCAUGACCUCCAUGCAUACAGUGCAUUCAUGAAGAAGGAGCACAACAAUGAUCAUGAUCAGCAAAUUGGUAGCUUCAGUUCCACCUCCAGUCUCUUACCACCUUGGCUUGCUUCAGGCCCACCUCCCACUGCUCCCUCUAUCUUCUCUGGAAAUCAGGAUCAUCAUCAUGAUUUCCAGCAGAACCUGGAGUUGGGUCCAAACCCUAACCCUAGCUUGGGCCCCACUCUCCCUCAAUUCCAGGUGCCUGCUGCCGCUGCAGCGUUAUCAUCCCCACCUCACAUGUCAGCUACUGCAUUGCUGCAGAAGGCAGCUCAGAUGGGAGCGACCAUGAGCAGCAGCAGCAGCACCUCAGGCUCGCUCUCGGUGCCAGCAGGCAUCAUGACCCGGUCCCACCAAGGUGGUCACGUGUCUGACUUCGGAGGUCACGUGUCUUCUACCACCAACGGCGGAGCAGGAGGAGCAGGAGGAGGUAGUGUUCAUCAACAACAACAGCAGCAUCAGCAGCAAGCAGCUAGCUCUCUUUUGCAUGACAUGAUGAACUCUCUGUCUUCGGGUACUGGGUUUGAAGGGACCUCGUUUGAGGACGCUUUCGGUGGCAUGUUGGGUAUUUCGAAGAUCAAAGACGGGAGUAGGAGUGGCGGAGCUGAUGAAAACGGUGGUCAAGGUGGUGGUGAAGGCUUGACCAGAGAUUUCUUGGGGCUGAAAGCAAUGUCGCACAGUGACAUGAUGCUUAAUAUAGCUGGUCUGGGAAGCUGCGUAAGCAACAACAAUAGUAGCUCGACCCGUGACUCCUCGCAGAUUAAUCAAGUACCACAGAAACCUAAUUGGCAGGGUUAGCCUGGCCUGGCCUGGAUAUAGCUAGCUCCAUCCCCACAUAGAUGAGAAAGACAGAAGAAAGUUGAAUAUAUCCUUUUCUUGAUUUUGGAUUCUCAAACAAUAUGAUUUUGAGGAGAGUAGCUACAUAUAUUUUGAUCUUUUAUGUCAAUCUUCCCAAAGGGAACAUCAUCCAUGGAACUUAAAUGGAAUUAAACGACGACAUUUUGAGAACUUGAACGAUGUGCAUGCAUUGUUUACUAAUAGUUGUAGUUUCUCUUUAAGGCUUUAUUUUCAAUUUAUGAAGGUAUAUAUUAUUCCUCAUAUUACAUAUUCGCAUCUAUGGAUUCUAUGCAU